AUGCAGCGGGUGGACACAACAAUGAGAGAGGCAAUAUCAGUAGAAAAAAGAGUAGCCGUCUCACUCUACCGCUUGUGCUCUGCUGCCGAAGACCGCACCAUCGCCGAACUGUUCGCGAUUGGCCGCUCUACUGAGAACUUGCUCUACAAAGAGUUCUGUACGGCCGUACUGAAAAACCUGGAGGACGACUGGGUGAAGAUGCCUUCGCCAACCGACAUGGAGGAGCAUAUGAGGGAAUUUUUUGCAGUCACAGGAUUCCCACAAGGUGUUGGGGCGCUCGACGGCUGCCACUUUCCAGUGUCACCGCCAAAGAAAUAUGCUUCGGACUACUACAAUUACAAAGGCUGGUAUAGCAUGAUCUUGCUGGCUCUAGUGGACCACCGGUACCGCUUCAGGUACACAAACGUCGGCUCCCCAGGGCGGUGCCACGACUCGUUUGUGUACGGAUUAUCCGUACUCUGCAAAGUUAUUGAAAGCGGAUCUUUCGAACGCCCAACAGCAACAAUCGAAGGAGUUUGUGUGCCUCCAAUAGUGCUGUGUGACCAGGCAUUUGCUCUAUCGCCAAACCUGCAGAAACCAUAUGCGAAUGCACAGCCUGACACACAAGAAAGGGCAUACAACUAUAAUCUGUCAAAGAACAGAAGGACUGUAGAAAAUGCAUUUGGCCGUUUGAAAGCCAGGUUUCGUUUCAUUAUGAAACGCAUGGAGUGCAAGCUCGCCACCACUACCCUGGUUAUUAAGGCAUGUUGUGUUCUUCAUAACAUCUGUGAAGGUUUUCAGGAUUACGUAGAACCACAUUGGGAACAAGAAGUAGCAUUGUGGAAUGCUGCUUAGAGGCAGCCAACUUGUACAUCGAACGCAUCUAGCAAAAACGGUGAAGACGUAAGGAAAGCGUUAGCGAAAUACUUCUUUGCUAGAACUCAGCAGUCACAGUCUCAGGUAGCUGAGGUAAUCUUGUGCCUGCAGCAGUGAAACUGUUUUUGAAGAAUAUAUGCACCAUUUACGGCCUUCAUACACUGCGUCAAAGCUGUAGUAUGUUUGUGUUUGGUACAAAAUAAUACCUGGAGUUUAAUGCCCCAAAACCACGAUAUGAUCGUGAGGAAUGCCGUAGUGAUGGGCUCCGGAAAUUUAGACCACUUGAUCUGUUUGUCAGCUGUUAAAGUGUUUUUUAAUAACGGCAAGCACAUUGCUCACCUGUACUUGCUUCACUGAUUUCAAAGCAUCACCAAGCACCCCAUGUUUUUAUUGUUUGCUAUUUAUGGCACAUGUUUUUUACUUCACAAAAGCGUUGAAAGUGUGAGAUUAGGCCUUUGUCAGAGGGUGUUUUUUUAAUUGCUCUAAAUACUGUUCAACCAACUUGUAUACCAUGCAUAAUUCUUUUGCUCAUAAUUUUGUAUUUUAUAAGGUAAGGUCAUUUAUCAUUAUUGUGCUUCAAAAGAAACAAGUAACGCAGCAAACUCUAUAAGCUUUUACCAUUCAAAUGGCUUUUUUAAAGUGACACCUAUAUCCCCUGCACAUUUUGGCAGGUGGCUGUGCAUUGUAUUUCAUUUCUCUGUAAUAUUGUAGUCUUUACUACAAUAUUGUAGUCUUUUGUAGUGAAGAGUGCAUUUUUGAAAUCCUUGUACAUAUUUUAAUGGUUUAUCUCGAACCUUUGUUUUCAUUUAGUAUACAACCAUUUCCCGUCUUUUAGUCACGUUUGAUGCACAUUUAGUCCACGUGCAUGACCUCAGUGUUCGGUUGCUUGCUGCACACAUAUUUAUUUAGUAUGUUUAUUCUGACUCACUUGCCAAACGUUUGUCAAUCUGCACUUUGUGGCUUUUUUUAGUCAUUGUCAUAGUUCUUGUAAAGAAGUGAAAGUUUGAUUAGUUGAGUUGAUAAAGAGUUGCACAAUCAUGUGAUGUUUUCAGAGUUAUUAAACGUGUUUUAUACUGUUUAUAGGAAUAAAAAUGCACAAAUUUGUGCAUUACAACUUCAA